ACAAUACACACAGUCUCCUUCAAUGAUUUCUCGCACGAUCGAUGUUUUGUCUAAUUUCAAUAAUACACAGUAUAUAUACACUAUCAAAUGCAUAUUUGUGCAUCACACAUUUACGUAUUAUAAAUUUGAUAAGUAACAAGUAAUACACAUUUAUAAUUCACAAUAAUACACCUAUAAUACUAGUAAUCGUAUGUGGGAUACAUAACGUGAAGUUAGCUCCGACAAUAUUUUUGAAGUAGAUUGUACAUAUGUGAUUACGAUAUAAUCUGGUGAACCGGUGUACCAAACGAUUAUAAACAACAUGGAAUCAUUCCUAUCCGCAUCGAAGACAGCCUUGUCGAAUUUAUCCGCUUAUAAAAGAGUCCGCGUCGUUAUGGGUAACGAAACUUGCGAUUUAGAUUCUGCUGUGUCGACCUUAGUUCAAGCACUUUCUGAAUACUUGGACGGAGUUAAAAACAAAAGUACGGAUCUCGCGGUGAUUCCGAUAAUGAACAUACGCGAAAGAGAGUAUCGCAUAAAGACGGAAGUAACGUUUUUCUUAAAGCUACACAAUAUAACUUUCGACAUGUUAACGUUUCGAGAUCAAAUAGAUCUGACAAGUCUACAAAAUAACGAGGACACCGAAUUAGAAUUGGUACUCGUGGACCAUCACAGUCUUCCGGACAAAGACGCCCAUCUGGCAAAGUCCGUGGUAAAAGUAAUCGAUCAUAGACCAAGGGAUGAACGAUGGCCUUGGCCUGGCAUAGAGGUUCGCAUACAGGGUGUGGGUAGCUGCGCGACUUUGAUCGCGCGAGAUUUAUUCGACAAGCAUCCGGAAGCGAUAGACUCGCAAGUUUCGAGUCUUUUGCGAGGACCCAUCGUGAUCGACACGUGCAAUUUCUCGAAAGAAGCGGAUCGUGCCACUUCCGACGACGUAAAAAUCAUCGAACAGCUGGAAAAAAUCGACGACCGAUCCGUUUCCGAUAGGAACCAAGUGUUUAACGCUAUCGUCGAGGCGAAAGCCGAUGUUAGCGAAUUGACUGCCGACGAUCUCUUGAUCAGAGAUUUGAAAGUAACGAAUCGUGUACCAAUCGCCGGAUUACCUAUGUUGGUACAAGACUUUCUCGAUCUACCAGAUAGUUUGAACAGUCUCGAGAGAUUUACCGAAAAUGGAAACAGCACGGUCGCCGUUGUGAUAGGAUUGAUACUGUUUUCUGGAACUCUGUCGCGAGACAUCGCUGUCUUUUCUUUGACUACCGAUCCACUGGGAGAGAAGAUAAUAGAAGCUCUGACGACGUCCACGCAGCCGUGUCUCGAGUUAACUUUGGCCAGAACAAUCCGAAAUGAGAGCGGAAAGUAUAGUCUGCAUUUGUACACGCAAGGAAAUUUACGUGCGACGAGAAAACAAAUUUUACCAAUAAUUCGAAACGUUGUCUCUACGGAAUGUCGCUGCUGAGAAACGGUACACGACCGAUAGGAUUUUCCUCCUUUUUCCUUUGUCUUACAAAACCAGUUUUAAUAGAAUAAAACGUAAAUUUGAUAAAUGUUA